GGCGGACCGAUUGCACUGAUCCCCCAGUCAGUGUCUCGACCCGCGUGCAGCUGGUGUGCGAGCCAGCCGCCCGGACCACCCGUUUUACUUAACUCAUUUUAAAUCGUUCCAUUAUGAAAUACCCCGAAUCCAAGAAACCAGUGUUCAAUUAAUAUGAGAACGUGCUAUUUAAAUUAAAUGUGAGACCGUAUUUUAGUGUUGUGGUUAGACUCUAAACGUGAAAUUGUAAGUUUUGAGAAACCGGAGGUGGCGCUAGAAAAAUAACUGUUAGGUUUAAAACAGCUAAUCCAAGAUGGCGGUGUUGGGUAUGGUGUCCGCUGUGGCGGGCUUCGUCAAAGUCCGCUACCUGAUCGACAAGGCCGUGAUCGACAACAUGGUGUUCAGGAUGCACUAUCGCAUCACAUCCGCCAUGCUGUUCCUGUUUUGUAUACUCGUUACGGCCAAUAAUUUAAUUGGCGACCCAAUAUCCUGUAUCACCGAAGGCUCGAUACCACAGCACGUGUUAAACAACUUCUGCUGGAUCACAUACACGUUCACGCUGCCGUACAGCCCGGCGGUCCAGCACGCGCAUCCCGGCGUCAAUAAUCUUGGCAACGAAAACAAUCACGGAGCGGAUGACAAACGCAUACAUGCCUACUAUCAAUGGGUGCCGUUUAUGCUUUUCUUCCAGGGUCUCCUGUUCUACAUCCCCCACUGGAUCUGGAAGAACUGGGAGGAAGGCAAAGUGCGUAUGAUCUCCGAUGGCAUCCGUGGCACGGUGGCCAACAUCUCCGAUGACAGGAACAAACGACAGAAUCGACUCGUCGAAUACCUUAUAGCCACGUUGAACAUGCACAACACCUAUUCCUUUGGGUAUUUCUUCUGUGAAGCCUUGAACUUUAUCAAUGUUGUUGGUAACAUCUUCUUCCUAGACAAAUUCCUCAACGGCGCCUUCUUGACAUACGGUACUGAUGUAGUGAGGUUUUCGAACAUGAACCAAGAGCAGAGGACAGAUCCUAUGAUCGAAGUCUUCCCCAGACUGACGAAGUGUACAUUCCACAAAUAUGGUGCGUCUGGUUCAAUUCAGAAACACGACUCGCUAUGCGUCCUCGCCUUGAACAUUCUGAACGAGAAGAUAUUUAUCUUCCUCUGGUUUUGGUUCAUCAUCCUGUCGAUAGUGUCGGGGCUGGCGCUAGUAUACUCUGCGGCUGUGAUUCUCCUGCCCAGCACCCGUGAACAAAUCCUGAAGCGUCGCUUCCGCUUUGGAACGCCGAAGGGAGUCGAGGCUCUUGUCAGAAAGACGCAGGUGGGUGACUUCCUGCUUCUGCACUUGCUCGGGCAAAACAUGUCGAUGCGGGUAUUCGGCGAGGUCCUGGACGAGCUGUCUCGGCGGCUCCACCUCGGGUCCAACCCGCCCUCCGCGCCCUCCACCAUCGAAAUGGCACCCAUAUACCCCAAUAUAGACAAGUUCUCCAAGGAAACAGAGACGUAAGCGACGAUAUUUUUAAAGUAGUACACAAUUUUGUCCAGUAGUCAUUUGAUAUUCGGCAUAGUGCCUCUAGUAGACUAUCAAAUUAUGGGCAGGGUAAGAUAUUUUUAUCUUAAUUCUUGGUAAAGAGGCAUUCGAAGGAAAUGUGUAUUACUUUAUAUUGUAACUGGGUUUAUUAAUUUAAAUCCUUAGAUAUUCCAGGUAACGAAAAUAGACGGUUCGUGACAUUCCUUUUUAUUAGAGUAGAGAAGAAGAAGAAAACGUUGACUACGCACGAUAAGAACUAAGCCUCGGUUUGCCUUUUUUCUAAGCUUAAGCUUUAACUUUGGGUCUCAAUCAAAUAAAUUAGUGUAAAAUAUUUUUUUCAAAAUUGUACGUUGAUAUUUUGUGAAUAAAAUAGUUAAUAAAUUGAAUUUUAUAGUGUGAACGGAUAGAUGUAAGGAGUGAUCUAAUUGUUACGAUAUUUUAAUAAAUUGUGUGAGACUGUCGCGUAAAAGUCGAUGAUAUAUGUGAACUAACACAGUGAAAUUAUCGAAUUUUAGUAGUUAGAAAUUCAAUUGUCGUUACAUAACAAAGCUGUUUGUUAACUUUGUGUCUAAGAAAAAACUCAAUAGAGAUGAAGAUGACUUUGCUAUCAUAAACGGAAACUCGCAGGGUGGCUUAGACGGAACAUGUGAGAGAUAUUAUUCUAGUUCAAAUAUAAUAAAAUAACUCCUUUUUAGUUUUAAAUAAGCAUAUGAAGACUUGUUCUAAGAUGCAAUUAGUGGUAUAACUAAAUAAAUGCUUUUAUCUCAA